AUGGCUUCCACGACCAGUCUCCCGGCUUCCAGCAAGCCGUUCCUGAGGAGGAACAUCACGUCGGCCACCGACUCGGACUCGAGUGCCAUGGUGUCUCCCAUCGACUCUCCCCGGCCCUCACCAUCCUCCACCUCGCUGUCCUCGUUGGCUUCCGAUGACGCCGCUCCGGCCCCGAAGCAGUACAACAAGCUGCUCGACACGUACGGGAAUGAGUUCAAAGUACCGGACUUUACCAUCAAGGACAUCCGCGAUGCCAUCCCCAAGCACUGCUUCGAGCGCUCCUACGUCCGCAGUUUGGGCUAUGUCGCCCGCGACAUGGUUUACCUCGCCACGACCUUCUUCCUCUGGAACAAUUUCGUAACGCCCGAGUACAUUCCGUCCCUGCCGCUUCGCGUCGUGCUUUGGGGCGUCUAUACCUUCCUGCAAGGUCUCUUCGGCACCGGCCUCUGGGUCCUUGCCCAUGAGUGCGGCCACGGCGCCUUCUCUCCCUCGCAGAAGCUCAACAACUUCGUCGGCUGGAUUCUGCACUCGGCUCUCCUGGUGCCCUACUUCAGCUGGCAAAUCAGCCACAGCAAGCACCACAAGGCCACGGGAAACAUGGAGCGUGACAUGGUGUUUGUUCCUAGGACUCGCGAGCAGCAGGCCACCCGCAUUGGCCGUUUCGUCCACGAGCUUUCGGAGCUGACCGAGGAAACACCCAUCUACACCUUCAUUCACCUGCUUGGGCAGCAGCUGAUCGGCUGGUGGAACUACCUCCUGACCAACGUGACGGGGCACAACAACCACGAGAAGCAGAGGGAGGGCCGCGGCAAGGGAAGGCGGAAUGGCUGGGGCGGCGGUGUUAACCACUUCGACCCUCGCAGCCCGAUCUUUGACAACAGGGAUGCCCCGUACAUCCUGCUGAGCGACCUGGGUCUGGCCAUCACCAUCUCGGCGCUGAUCUACCUCGGCAAGACGUUUGGCUGGUCCAACAUGUUUGUGUGGUACUUCCUGCCCUAUCUCUGGGUGAACCACUGGCUCGUUGCCAUCACGUACCUGCAGCACACCGACCCCUCCCUGCCCCACUAUACCGAGGAGGAGUGGAACUUUGUCCGCGGCGCGGCCGCCACCAUCGACCGCGAGUUUGGUUUCAUCGGCCGCCACCUGCUGCACGGCAUCAUCGAGACGCACGUGCUGCACCACUACGUCAGCACGAUCCCUUUCUACAACGCCGACGAGGCCACGGAGGCCAUCAAGCCGGUCAUGGGCCAGCAUUACCGCGCCGACACCCGCGAGGGUCCCAUCGGCUUCAUCAAGGCCAUCUGGAAGAGCGCUCGGUGGUGCCAAUGGGUCGAGCCGACCGAAGGCGCCGAGGGUCCAGCCAAGGGCGUGCUGUUCUUCCGCAACCAGAACGGGCUCGGUACCAGGCCGGCCAAGAUGGAGCCUGUUGCGUAA